AUGGGCAGCGGCCACGCAUUCUCCCUUCCCUGGACUACUCUUGGUGGGUGGAGAGAGCCGCAGAAGGCAACUGGAGGAAAGAAGACGAUACGCACGGGAGGAGGAAGUGGAGAGGACGGCGCGAGGCUUGGCCGUGCCGGCGAGUUGGGGUGCUUUUCCUGCGGUCGGAGAUGCGACCGUUGGGACCCGGGAGACAGCGCAGUUCGGCUUCGGGUAGGGGAUGCAAUAUGGGCUGAGUUCAAUGAGAGUGAGGACCAUAUUGUGCCUUAUCCUAAAGGUGCAGAAGAUAGUACGACUCGCAAGAACAAUGAGGAAGAGGCGGCUAGUAUUGCUGGCAUCACUGAACAUUCUGCAGGUGUUCAAACUGGACUUCAAGGGAUGGAAAAGCAGACUGCAAAUCAGACAAGUGCACAUUUUUCAGCCACACGAAUUGACAUGGAAUCCUGGCCUGACCUUCCUUCCUUGAAUCCUACACUUGAUAGAAACUAUAGUGAUGACAACAUAGCAUCCACAUAUCUGGAUUUCAGUGCUGAACCCAGUUUACAGAAAGUGACAGGAAAAGCUACAGGGCAACUAGAUGGUGAAUCAGAAGUGUUCGGUAAUGAUCAAGAAGAAAAGAGUAACAGUUUCCUUGAUUGCGACUGGGGCAAUAUUGGAGAUUUUGAUGAUUUUGACCGUCUAUUUAGCAAUAGUGAUUCCAUAUUUGGUAAUGAGAUAGUUGCCAACGACAGCAAUUUUCUUUCUGCAUCUUCGAAUUUGAUGGAUAAUGCUGUGCAAUCAAUCCCAAUUCUGCAACUACCAUUGAAUAAACAACCAUCAUGUGAUUGUGGGCCUUCUUUGCUUCUGACUAACGAAAUUUCCAGUGGUGUUACCAAACAAGAAAAUAAGGUCGAAGUGCAGAAGAGGCCAGUGAGGUCACGCAGAAAACCAGAGGAAAGAGGUAAAAGUAAAAUAUCCAGCAGUGCAAGUGGCUUCUCCCAGAGCAAAGUAGAGAAUCCAUCAACCAAUUUGCAAGCUCCUAUGCAACCUGAACAAACUCCUCAAUAUGCACUGUUCCAGGAUAGCAAGAAGAUAGGACAAGUUCAGCAUGCUAAUCAGUUUAUGUUUCCUGGAUAUGGGUAUCCUGCGUAUCCAUUUCCUACCAUUCCGUUAGUGUCAAACAUUCAAGCUGAAGGCUAUCAGACAAAACCAACUGGCACAAGCUACCGAACUUUGGAAGAUUCCCCAAAACAGUCAAGUUCCAUAGAAAUGUCACAAGACAUUCCAUCAAGACCAGUGACAAUGACACCACAAGAAAAGAUAGAAAAGCUUAGGCGCCGGCAGCAAAUGCAAGCACUGAUAGCUAUUCAGCAACAGCAGCAACAGUUUGGUCAAGAGGGUUCUGGCAGUGACACAAUGGUGUCUCAAGCAUACUCCCCUAGGAACAAAAAUCCGGAUUCCUUAGGGAGUUCAAUUGUCAUAGAUGAAAACGCAAAUAAGGUUUUUUCGCCUGAGAUGAUUCCAACUAACCAUGACCUGGUUCACAAGAGUUCUGCAAUUUCAGAUGAUCCCUUUAUAGAGGAAAAAAUAUAUUAUCAGCUACAAGAUGCUCUUGGCAAGGCAAUUUGUUAA